CAAAGAUAUUUUGCCCUCCUCCCGGAACGCAGCGGCUUGAAAAAGAAUGACAAGCAACCCCUGAUAAGUCACCCAUAAUAUGCCACCCACGGAGUGUUUUACUGCGUCGAUUGGUACUAUAUCGGAAGAAACUCAAGUGAUAACAUUUUCUUCGGAGCUGCUGAAGAGGACUUUCUAUUGUGGGAAGAGCCUGAGCUGUACAGCGGGAUGGCUAAUCGAGCAGAGUGUUGCUAAUGCUAAUAAUAACAACUGUUAGCAUGCUGGAGGGAAUAUCUCAAUGCGGAGACCUGGAGGAGAAGGAAACUGCCUGCUGAAUGAGCCGACAACAUUCCAUAUCGUGAGGGCUGAAGGAGGAGAUCACAAUGUACCGGAGCCCUCAGCACCCCAUUAAGUCCAGCUGCAGCAAUAGCUCCAGCAUCACAGAGCUGCUCGCCGCCCUGUGUGACAGCAGCCUAGCCGGGGUGUCAUGGAAGCGUCGGGCCAUGGGAGGCAUCUCAAGGGAGGAGUUCCGCAAAGCCUUAAAAAAGCGUGUCUAUGGCGCACUGCUGUCAAAGCUUUUCCAGGAAGGCAGCAAGGCCCCCGCCUCUGGCCCUAUGGCGAGCUCACCUCCCAGGAACCAAGUCCUCAUGAUAUGUUUUGACUUGAGAGUGGCUGGCUGCCGGGAGGAGGCAGAGAAGCUGGAGGAGCAGCUGGAGAAGCUUCCGGAAGGCCCCUUGUCAGGUUUGAGUGAAAUAGAUGCAGUCCUGGAGCUCCUGGUCCUCUUGGCGGGCUCCACUCCCCCACCCUCGGCCUCCUUCAGUCGGGACUAUAUGAGGCGAGAGAGGCCUGUGCUGCGCAGACCUCCACCCUGGGGCUACCAGAGUGAGGAGCUGCAGAGGCUGGAGGCCCGGGCGUGGGGGCUGGUAUGCGGGGAGGAGUGGGCAUCCUUGGAGAGCGUGUUUGUCACUCAGAGGGUAAUGGAUGCCCAGCCAGGCACAGGCUUGUUAGCUCUGCGGACUAAAAUGGACACAGAAGAAAGAUUUGAGAGGGAGACCAGGCUGACCCUUUUUGGAGCUUUGCAUCAUACCCGAACCUCAGACUUGGACAUCAGACUGGACUUGCCUCCUGUGCCCAGUAAUGUGGACCUGACUGGGCUGGCCAUCAGGGUUCCGCCAUGCUUGGAUCAGUCUGAAGAUGAAGGCUUUCAGUCUGCGUCCAACAUGACCCCGGACUCUCAGUCGGAGCCCAGUCCCAGUCCAGAGGUUGAUUUGUGGGAGGCUUUGAGAACAUUUGAACCCGGAGUACGCUGUUGCUGGGAAUCUAUUGGCUGGCCACCCGGGAGAAAAGAGUCUUUGUACCUUAGUGAAAGCGGAAGAGAGGCCUUCGACCAGAUUUAUCACCUCUGGGAGGGUGAAAUGAGGAUGGUCAGCACAAGCACACCCUCCCCGCCCCUGCCGCUGCCGCUUGACUCUCAGAUGCUGUUGGUGGGCGACCUCCUGAAUGUGCUUAUUGGUGUCACGUCCGCAACCUUCCCUCUUAAUAAGAGUGUUCAUUUCGACAUCCGGCCUGGUGUGUGCGUGUCAGGGGCCUCUCCGGAGAGUGUCUCUCGUCUUUUGGCAGAACUGGCCCAGUAUGGCACCUACUACCUGAGGCUGAGCCGCUUCUCUCUACAGAGUGCUGACAAGAAAGGUCUGGUCUUCCAGGCAUUCACAGGAGGUCUGAGGAAGUACUUGCAUUACUACAGAGCAUGUGUUCUCAGCACACCGCCCACACUUAGCCUGCUGACCAUUGGCUUCCUUUUCCGCAAAGUGGGCCAACAACUCAGGUACCUGUCAGAACUGUGCCACGUGGACGGGCCUCUGGGUGGCGACCAGGCCGCCUUCCCUGUGGGCGUCAAGCUUCUCUCCCACCUGUACAACGAAGCCCAGAACAACUGCAGCAACGAGAACUACCCAGUCCUGCUGUCUCUCCUCAAGAGCAGCUGUGAGCCGUACACCAGGUUCGUGUCCGACUGGGUGUACAGUGGCGUGUUCCGAGAUGUUUACAAAGAGUUCAUGAUCCAGGUCAAUGAAGAGUACCUCGGCGUCAGAGACUAUCACUUCUGGGUCAAUGGCUACACUUUGAUCUCCAAAGACGUGGAGGAAUGUGUGCCCGUUUUCCUGAGACACAUUGCUAAUGACGUGUACGUCUGCGGGAAGACCAUCAACCUCCUCAGGAUCUGCUGCCCUCAGCACUACAUCUGCUUGUCAGAGCUGCCUGUGCCUCGCAUCGCCGUCACUUUCUCCCUGCAGGAGGUGGAGCAGAUUGAGAGGGACUGCGCUGUGUACCGAGGGCGCAUGGAGAGGAUCGCCAAGCACAGCGCCGUCAGCAGGGAGGUGCAGGCCCAGCGAGCUGAGGAGGCGCGCCAGGAGCUGAUCAAUCAGGUCAGAGCGUCGGCAGCCAAAACACUGGAGAGCAUCCGUGGGCGCCAGGUGUCACAGCGUCUGGCGGAGGAGGCCAAGAAGAGGGAGCGAUUCGAGGAGCUCAAGCACCACCUGGAGCAGGAGCAGGAGUGGCGCAGUUCGGCCAAGAAGAAGCAGGAGGAUAACGACUUCAGCUUCGCCCGAGAGCUGCGAGACCGGGAGAAGAGACUUCAAGCGCUGGGGGAGCAACUGGAGCAGAGAGCCAGGAAGGAACUGAUCGCUCAGUUCAGCCACAUGUCGGAGGACGCAGCUCGCCGGGAGAGGCGGGCCUUGUGGAGGGUGCAGAGGUUGAGAUUUGACACAGCCCGUUCUGACUUCUUCAUGCACGACCAGCAGCAGUUGAAGGCGUUAUUAGAGAAAUAUCCUUUGGGCCAGGAGGGAUGCCCAGCGUCACCGGCUCAGCAUACAUCACCGCCGGACACGCUCACCCAGGAAUUGCUCGAAACAAAAGAGGAGAAAGCCCAAGAAUUAGAACCUUCUCACACAGUAGGCGACACCGCCAUUUUCAUCUCUGGCGACUUUCGCCCAGAGCCGAACGCCACCUCACCGGGGAUGGGCUCCAACCUCCCUGAGGAGUGUCCCACAGCACAGCUAAUAGACUACGACUUUAGCACCCCCUUCAGUCCGCUUGGAGGAAUCACCCCACCUCAUCCCAAACCGCGUUGUGACUACACCCAAAACCACCCCUCCUUUUCCCACUUUCCCAUGGGUGAGAAUGUGCCUCUCAUCCUUGACAGGCUCCCAAAGGCCAGCCCCUUUGGCCACGCCUCCAAAUCCAGCUUCCCCAUUGGCCAGUUCACCCCGGAAGAGCCGGGACAUGCGUCCAAAAGAAGUGUCGCUGGAGUUCCUUGUGAGGGAGCUACACAGCUUGGAGAAGGUGAUGGUUCUGUGCUGCUGGAGAAGAAAAAUGGAACCCAUGAAGGUGUUGUUGAUAAGGAUGUUGUUCCUCAACAAAAACAUGAUGGUGUUUGGAACCUUUCAAAUAGUACCGGGGUUAAUUAUCCCAUGUGUGAGCAUAGUGUUGAUCACAAUGUUGAGAAAUCAAACAUGGCCACCCCUCUAUCUCCAAUGAAGAUUGGUCAUCCCUCCGAUUCACACAUCAACAUUGGCCAGCAUGUCUCAGAUGUCCAAGCCUCGCUCCCGUCCUCCAACAUCCAUGGCCACGCCACUGAUGCUCACAUCAAAGUUGGAGAGAAUGUGUCGGACUUUGUUGCCCCGGUCCCCUCCCGAAACCCCCAUGGCCAUGCCUCCGACGCCCACAUUAAAGUCGGCGAAAACAUCUCUGAAGCGGCGGCGGUGCUGCCCUCCCCCAGUGUGCACGGCCAUUCAUCGGACGCCAACAUCAAAGUAGGCGAGUUUGUUUCCAAUGUUCCAGACGCGCGACCCCGUUGGAGCAAGCAUGGGCACGCCUCUGACUGCACCCUCCAGCCGGGCUGCGUGGUCUCCGGGUUGGAGCCCACCUCGGCAGCCUUGCCCGGAAGCGCUCAUGGCCACGCAUCAGACUCUGUGCUGGUAACGGGAUGUGUGGUCGCGCAGGAGGAAGUCAAACGUUCACCUCACGCUCUACCCGACAGCGCCCAAGGCUACUCCUCCGACUCCAACUUGGGCGUGAGCUGUGGGCUCACCUGUCGUGACCCGCCUCCUACGUUGCUGCCAGGCCAUCGGUACGGACACGCCUCUGACUCCACGCUGGGGGUGGGCUGUGUGGUGUUGGGGGCAGAACCACAAGUUGCCCCUCUACCAGGCAGCGAGUACGGACACUCGUCACAUUCUUCUUUGGGAGGCGGAUGUGUGGUUGGAGGGACAGCUGAUGACAAAACGAAUGCUCAAGGUGUCCUGUCAACAGAGAUGCACAAGCAGCAGCAGGCGGAGGGCGCCGGGUCGGACUGGUCCCCCGGAGAGAAGUUUGAGCAGGAGUACCUCUUGGCCUUGUCUGCUGGGUACCAGGUGGAUCACUACGAAGACUGUUACAACCUCAUGGAUUCGUCCCCUGAGUGUCAGCUGCUCAAGCACGUCACCCGGAGCCCGUGGGGCCUGCCCCUGGAGUUCCACCAGGCCACGGACACCACGGCAGUGCAGCUCAGCGAGAUGGUCUCCUUGCCGGUCCUGAUCAAGCACUCUGUCACUGCGCCUCUUAUCACACAUGUGUCGCUAGUGAACAAGGCGGUAGUGGACUACUUCUUCGUGGAGUUGGGGGUGGAGCGACACUUUGAGGCGCUGCGCCACUUCCUCCUGAUGGAGGACGGCGAGUUUGCGCAGUCGCUCAGCGAUCGGCUCUUUGAGAAGCUGGGCAGCGGGCAGACCCCCGGCGAGCUGCUCACCCCUCUGGUGCUCAACUCCAUCCUGAGCAAAGCGCUGCAGUACAGCCUUCACGGCGACACGCCCCUCGCUGCCAACUUCACCUUCGCGCUGCGCUUCCUGCCCGACACCUUUCACCCGCACGCCCCCGACGCCCUCAACUGCCUGGAGCUGCGCUACAAGGUGGACUGGCCUCUGAACAUCAUCAUCACGGACGGCUGCAUGAACCAGUACAACCGCCUCUUCUCCUUCCAGCUGCAGCUCAAACACAUGGUCUGGAGCCUCAGAGACGUCUGGUUCCACCUGAAGAGAACUGCGUUGGUGAAAGGCGCCGCCCACUCGGUGCAGUUCCGUCAGCUGCAGCUGUACCGCCACGAGAUGCAGCACUUUGUCAAGGUCAUCCAAGGUUACAUCGCCAACCAGAUCCUCCAGGUGUCGUGGAGCGAGUUCACCGCCAAGGUGGCCGCCGCCACCGACCUGGACGCCAUCCACCGCACGCACGCCGACUACCUCAACAGAGCCAUCUUCAGGGCUUUGCUGACGAAGAAGGCGGCGCCGGUGAUGAACAUCAUCCACAGCAUCUUCAGCUUCAUCCUCAAGUUCCGGGCUCAGCUCAUCGCGCAGCCUUGGUGCAGCCAGCAGGGGGAGGCGGUGCACCCCGGCUUCGUGGCCAUGCAGCAGUCAUACAACACCUUCAAGUACUACUCCCACUUCCUUUUCAAAGUGGUGACCAAACUGGUGAACAGAGGCUACCAGCCUCACUUGGAAGACUUCCUCCUUCGUAUCAACUUCAACAACUACUACAAAGACUCUUGAAGGAACAUUUCAUCUCCACGCAGACGAACAUCAAACCAUCAAGCUAUUUGUACAAAGGGAAACAUGCUAGUAUUAAAGAUGCCAUGCUUUAAUUGGAUGUCAUAUGCAUGUUUUUUUUCAUCAAUCCCGACUGUUGAUGGAGUACACACAGGUAGUACAGGUAGACGUAGCAGUGGUGGUAGAAGGUUGGAGAAAAAAACAACACUUAGUCAUGAUU